AUGCCUAGGCACGCGUUGAGGCGCGCUUCGGAGCGAGGCAGCGGUGAUUCGCCUCAGGCGCAGCUCAGUUUAGCGAAUGUCAUGAAAGGCGUACGCCUUGAAGUCGAGGCGGCCGCUAAACGCAGAUGCGCUGUGAAAGGCGCAAGCCUCGCGAGGAAGACAAAGUUCCUUUAUUUGAAAAAUCUGAUUCCGGACGACGUCGUUUGCACGGGCUGUUUUUGUGCUGCCCAAGCGAACUUGAUCAACGUGAUUAUUACAUUUGCAAUCCAUACACCAAGAAAUGGGUUGCUCUUCCUCCCCCUCCUCGAAUCCAUAAUUGGGUGGAGGGUUGUGCGACUACGUCAAGAGUUCUAUGUGGACAUCUUCUUUUCUGAGACCGGUGAAUGGACAGAGUCCGCUAAUGUGGUAUGCGGCCUACGAAAUUAUUUUGAUAUCGUAACUCCUGGCGUUGCUUGCAAUGGGAAGUUGUAUUUUUCAGGUUCCGAUGAUGAAUCCUCCUAUAUUCUGGAGUUGGAUCCCUUCCAAGGUAUCAGUAAUAUCAGUGCUAGUAAUGGUGAUGGUGACGACGAUCAUAUUAUUGUUGACAAAUGUCGGUUCAGUCUGGCACCUCUUGAUAUGUCGUCUGAAGUGCGAGGAAAUUCCCUUGCGAUGGAUCGGGUUCUUGGUGCAUGUCGAGGGCAUUUGCGGGUGACCGAGUUUGUGCUUGGUAAUCAUUUGAGUGUCUGGGAGUUGGAUGCAGACGAUGAUAAUUUGAAAUGGCGUUUGGUGGUCGACAAAGUUCCCUUCUUCGAGUUGGAUUCUUCCUAUUAUGAUGAUGUUUCUUCGACGCCUCUAGAUGAGUGUGCAAAAACUGCGAUAGGUUUCCACCCGACUAUUGAGGAUACCAUCUACGUAGAUGCUAUGAAAAUUAUCAGGUGGAACUUUGGUGCAGGAAUGUUUGAGUUUGUUCCAGAGAUUCGAAGUCGGGACACGAGUUGGAAUCUCAAUUACAUCCACCCAUUUGUGCUCCCAUGGUGGCCCACACCCGUUCCUAGCCUCUAAAUUAUUCUACUAUAGGGAAAAGUGUGUAGAGCUCUAGCUCUGACUCUAGCUUUGAUGCAUGACCACUUUCUUCCAUUCUCUGGUUACUGGCUCCUUUGGCUUUGGCUUGUGUUUUCCCUUGAUUGAUGUGUUCAUAUUGGUGCUUCGAGGGUUUCGAUUUUGGUGUAGUGGGUGAUUAUUGUGUGACUAUCUUUGUAUUUGCGCUGGCUUUUCUUUUCUUUUCUUUUUUUUUCGGUUGCCGAUUUGUGUGUUCUGGUUGUUUUUUGUAGGU